CAAAUCUUUCAAUCUCAAAGCAUCUUUGACUGCUCUUAAUCCACUUACAAAAAAAAGUCUAAAACCCUAACAUCGCCCUUUUUCAAAACUGCGUAAUACAGAAGGAGAAGACGAGGAAAAAAGACAAAACGCUAGCAUCUACAGACGCGUAAAACCACCGCAACUACUCUUUUUUUUCAUCGCCGGCCUGAAAAAUGUCGACCACCCGUAGGAUCCGCGGCGAGAAUCGGUUUUACAACCCACCUCCGGUAAGGAAACUUCAACAGGAGCGUGAGAAGAAGAGACUUGAAGAAGAGGAAGAAAAGAAGAGGAAAGCCAAGGAGAUGCUCGAUCAACAGAUUACGGCUUCGUCGGAGAAGGAGAUGAAGCGACCUUUAUCCCCCGCUGGAUCGCCUGAGGAGUGCUCCACCUCCGAUUGCUCUGUGCCGGGUCGGGUCUCAACCACCACCGCCGAAAGCUCGUCAAAUUUGGGGCGGUUUCUUGAUUGCACCACUCCCGUUGUUCAUACCCAACACCUACCUAUGACAAGCAUCAAGGGGUGGAGAACACGCGAACCGGAGUACUGUCCCUACUUCUUGCUGAAUGAUUUGUGGGAUUCGUUCGAGGAGUGGAGCGCCUACGGUGUUGGGGUUCCUCUUCUCUUGAAUGGGAUCGAUUCGGUUGUUCAGUAUUAUGUUCCCUAUCUCUCUGGGAUUCAGCUUUAUGAAGACCCAUCAAGAGCCUGCACAAGCAGGAGGAGAGCUGGCGAAGAAAGUGAUGGUGAUUCGCCUAGAGACAUGAGUAGCGAUGGAAGCAAUGACUGUAGAGACAUCUCUCAGAGCUUAUACAGAGUCUCUUUGGAAGAGAAACCAUUCGUUGGCUCUUCGAGUGAUGAGAGUGAAGCCGGAGGUAACUCUCCUGGUGACCUCGUCUUUGAGUAUCUUGAGGCUGCUAUGCCAUUUGGCCGCGAACCAUUGACCGACAAGGCAAGUUUAUCGUCGCUGCUUAUACAUAUCACAAAUAUCUCAAACCUGUCAUCACAAUUUCCAGCACUCAGAACAUACAGGAGCUGUGAUCUAUCGCCUUCGAGUUGGGUAUCUGUUGCUUGGUACCCGAUAUAUCGAAUACCAUUAGGUCAAUCAUUACAAAACCUCGACGCUUGCUUUUUAACAUUCCACUCCUUAUCAACACCCUCUCGAGGUACAAGCAAUGGGGAAGGUCCAAGCUCAAGCAAAUCUGUUGCACCAUCGAAGCUUCCAUUGCCCAUUUUCGGUCUCGCGUCUUACAAGUUUAAGCUGUCGGUGUGGAGCGCAGAUAGUGACGUGGACGAGAACCAGCGAGUCGGGACGCUGCUACGAGCGGCUGAAGAGUGGCUGAGGCGGUUGAAGGUUACGUUGCCGGACUUCAGACAUUUCGUAUCGCAUAGUGGUUCGGCGUGGAGAUGAUAUUUAUUUUGAGUCACUUCUGUAAUCUGAAGUAAUAAAUAAGGAGUGAUGAUAUAUAGCAAAAGUGAAACGUUUUUCAGCUACUUUUGUGUUGUUUUUGAAGGGAAAUGAGAAUUUGUACAGACAGUGAUAAUUAGUACAUUUGUUAUGCUACUGUGGAGGCUUUGUUAUGUAAUCAAUACGGAUUUGGAAGAGUAAAAGAGAGCUUUUUCGUUCAUAUUGAUUAUUAUACAGUUGUUUUGUCAUCUGUGUGUAUAUAUAUUAUUGACAAUGAUUCUG